AAAAAGUGGUACAGGUUUUUAUAGAUAAACAUGACAACAUCGUAUAUGAAUGGGCAUGUAACAGAGGAAUCAGCCACCGGAAUAAAAAAUCUUGAUCUUGCAUCACCAGAGGAACAUCAGAAGCACCGAGAGAUGGCUGUUGACUGCCCUGGAGAUUUGGGCACCAGGAUGAUGCCAGUGCGAAGAAGUGCACAAUUGGAGCGUAUUCGACAACAACAGGAGGAUAUGAGACGUAGGCGUGAGGAAGAAGGGAAGAAGCAAGAACUUGACCUAAAUUCUUCCAUGAGACUUAAGAAACUAGCUCAAAUUCCUCCAAAGACUGGAAUAGAUAACCCUAUAUUUGACACAGAAGAAGGAAUCGUUUUAGAAAGUCCUCACUAUGCUGUGAAAAUAUUAGAAGUUGAAGACUUGUUUUCUUCACUUAAACAUAUCCAACACACUUUGGUUGAUUCUCAGAGCCAGGAGGAUAUUUCACUGCUUCUACAACUUGUACAAAACAAAGAUUUUCAAAAUGCGUUCAAGAUACACAAUGCUGUCACAGUACACAUGAACAAGGCCAGUCCUCCAUUUCCUCUUAUCUCCAAUGUACAAGACCUUGUACAAGAGGUACAAACUGUCUUAAAGCCAGUCCAUCAGAAGGAAGGACAAGAAUUAACUGCUUUGUUAAAUGCGCCACAUAUUCAGGCACUUUUACUGGCCCAUGAUAAAGUUGCUGAGCAGGAAAUGCAGCUAGAGCCCAUUACAGAUGAGAGAGUGUAUGAAAGUAUCGGCCAAUAUGGAGGAGAAACUGUAAAAAUAGUUCGUAUAGAAAAGGCUCGAGAUAUUCCAUUGGGUGCCACAGUUCGUAAUGAAAUGGAUUCUGUCAUCAUUAGCCGGAUAGUGAAAGGUGGUGCAGCAGAGAAGAGUGGGCUCUUACAUGAAGGAGAUGAAGUUCUGGAGAUCAAUGGCAUUGAAAUCCGGGGAAAAGAUGUCAAUGAGGUUUUCGACUUGUUGUCUGAUAUGCAUGGUACUUUGACAUUUGUUCUGAUUCCUAGUCAACAAAUCAAAUCUCCUCCUGCCAAAGAAACUGUAAUCCAUGUAAAAGCUCAUUUUGACUAUGACCCCUCGGAUGAUCCUUAUGUUCCAUGUCGAGAGUUAGGUCUGUCUUUUCAAAAAGGAGAUAUACUUCAUGUGAUCAGCCAGGAAGAUCCAAAUUGGUGGCAGGCCUAUAGAGAGGGGGACGAAGACAACCAGCCUCUAGCUGGACUUGUUCCAGGAAAAAGCUUUCAGCAGCAAAGGGAAGCCAUGAAGCAAACCAUAGAAGAAGACAAGGAGCCAGAAAAAUCAGGAAAACUGUGGUGUGCAAAGAAGAAUAAAAAGAAGAGGAAAAAGGUUUUAUAUAACGCCAAUAAAAAUGAUGAUUAUGACAAUGAAGAGAUCUUAACAUACGAGGAAAUGUCACUUUACCAUCAGCCAGCAAAUAGGAAAAGACCUAUUAUCUUGAUUGGUCCACAGAACUGCGGCCAGAAUGAACUGCGUCAGAGACUCAUGAACAAAGAAAAAGACCGCUUUGCAUCUGCAGUCCCUCAUACAACUCGGAAUAGGCGAGACCAUGAAGUAGCUGGUAGAGAUUACCACUUCGUUUCACGGCAAGCAUUUGAAGCAGAUAUAGCAGCUGGCAAGUUCAUUGAACAUGGUGAAUUUGAGAAAAAUUUGUAUGGAACCAGCAUCGAUUCUGUACGACAAGUGAUCAACUCUGGCAAAAUAUGUCUUUUAAGUCUGCGAACACAGUCUUUGAAGACUCUCCGGAAUUCAGAUCUGAAACCAUAUAUCAUCUUCAUUGCUCCACCUUCCCAAGAAAGACUUCGGGCAUUGUUAGCCAAAGAGGGCAAGAAUCCAAAGCCUGAAGAGUUAAGGGAGAUCAUUGAGAAGACUAGAGAGAUGGAACAAAACAAUGGCCACUACUUUGACACUGCAAUUGUGAAUUCAGAUCUUGAUAAAGCCUAUCAAGAAUUGCUUAGGCUCAUUAACAAACUGGACACUGAACCUCAGUGGGUGCCAUCUACUUGGCUAAGGUGAAGGAAACAGCUGUUUUAUCCCAUGUCAUCAUGUUGAACUUUAUUUGGCAAACCACCAACAGGAAGAUGGCCUCAAUGCUGAGAAUAAGGUUGAAGGAGGCAGAAUAAGCAGCUCACCUAUUUGUAGAUCCCAAACUAGUGAGAAAGGUCCCUUAGGAGGUUUGUAUACAAAACUUGUUUUCUGGGCAUGGCUUUAGGGAUCCUUGGCUUGUUUGGAGAUUUAAAAUGGGAACUUUCUUCAGAGCAUUUCUGAUUUAUCCUGGAGAAACCUUUUGUUUUCACCUUCCCAACUCUUUGCCUCUCAGUCAGAUGUCAAUGAAAAAACAUGUAUGUAUAUACAUAAUACUCCAUGUCUCACAGAGUUAUAAAUAUUAACAUUAUUUAACACUUAAAUGACUUUGUGCGAUUAUUGGGAGAAGGGGCUGUGCUUCUGUGCACUGGGAAUAACAGUAUUUUCUUAAACAAUUGAUUUAGUUUUCUUGGGAAAAAAGUGCCGCUUUAGUUUGGAAGUGACUUUUUUAAAGUGUAAAUUUGUAUGUCUUUUCAUUCUGAAAAAACAUUCCAUCAGAAGUUCCAACUUUGCUGGGCCUGGCAGGGCAUGCCUUUAAAUCCCAGCAUUCAGGAGGUAGAGGCAGGUGGACCUCUGAGUUGUAGUACCACCAGGGUUACACAGAGAAACCCUGUCUUAAAAAAAUAAAAAUAAAAAAAAAGAACCAACUUUUUAGUUCGGACUUCAUGGAUGAGAAUGCCCUCAGCAGCCUCUAGUGUGGUUAAAAGUGUACAAAAGAUGCUGACAUUUUUAAAGAUAGAAUUUUCUAAUUCUUUUAGUAAAUUGUGAUAGUAUGAACUGUGUUGACUUUUGAAAUUUCUUCCUUGUGAUGGAAAUAGUUUUUAUUUCCAUGGAAAGAUGACCACAUUUGACAGUUUCUGCAUUUUUUAAUCAGAGUACAGAAUUUUAUCUAUGACUGCUACGUAUGUAAGUAUCAAACUGGAAAUCUGCUGUACUGUAUACUGAUAUUUAAUAGACUAAUAAAUAGCUGUCUUCAGCAUUGGAACAAAUUUCUAUACACAUAUACACUGAGGGAAUACCAUGACAAUCAACUUUAAGAUCAGAAGGAAGACUUAAGAGUCAUUGAGCAUUUAGAAAAUGACAAUGGAGGAAAGUUUAUUUAAGCAUCUACAGACAAGUUUUUGUCCUAACAUGGUCUACCUUGGGACCGGAGUACAACAGCUUGCUAAAUCUUAAAUGUUGGCACUAAUACAAUUUUUGUACCGUUUCUACAACUACAGCUUUAAAUGCAGAGUCUACAAGUCUGCAUGCAAGUUAACUUGUAGUCUUUUCAAGCCUUUAAGGAAACUGUAAUGUGUAACAACGAACCUCAAAUGUGAAUGUCUUGAUCUUAAUUAGCUACAGCAUUUCAUGUUCCCAAAGCUAAACACUGGAAUGAUACUGAAUUGUGACUUAGCAUAAGCAGCUGUUAAUGUCUUGUCAGUGACGUUUAUGUGUCUGAUUUCUCUUCUAGAUAAUCUUACUGAAACAAAUUAGAGUUUGUGAUAUCUUUUUAUGUUCAGUUUUUGCAUGGCUUUUGUAGUUGGCUGGCAAGUGUGUCUAUUUAGAAACAUUUUAAAAACAAUUUUCCUUAGGAAAAAAGGAAUGUACUUGGGUCAAGGGAAGGAAUGCUACACAGUCUGAACACUCCCAGUUUACAGCAGGAAAAAUGACAAGUCCACACCCUUGUCAACAUUGAAGGUCAAUUUACUUAGCACUUAACGAUUAAAUCUUCUCAGUUUUCCACUGUGUUUUCUCCUCAGGAAUGAAUGGUAGUCUAUGGUCAGUAGAGCUCUGACUAACAGAGACUUGAUGCACACCUGAAACCCCAGCGGGAAGAUCUAGAGUUCAAGGCUGGCCAGAGCUACAUGAGACUCUGUCUCAAAGAAAGAAAGGAAAAAAACAAAACAAAACAAAGCAAAACGAUGAUUGGAUUUGAGUAAAUUUUAAGUAAUGUCACUGCCACUGGUGACAGUGGGGCCAUGUGGAUCAAGACUCAAACACAUGGCCUAUAAAGGCACAUACCAUGCUACCAUGGAUUCUUUUAGACUGAGAUUUUUCAAAGUCAGUAAGAUCCUAACUUUACUCAUAUCCAUACAUGGAUAGUAUAUAUCCUGAAAUUUUCUAAAUCCUAGUGAUUAUGAAUCUAAUAAUGCUCAACAUAGUCCCUGAACAGUGAAAAGUUUAGCUGUGCUUAAAAAAAAAAAAGAAAAAAAAAGCUCUGUUAUAACUGUAAUUGUACAGUGUGAGGGCCAGUUCAAUUCCCUAUUCCUCUGUGGUUCUGAUUGGAAACUGCAGUGCUAGGGAAGCCUCAGAAAUGAUAUUGUGGUUGGCAGGAACAUAGCUCAGUUGGUAGAGUACUACCUAGCAUUCACAAAGCCCUGUCUAGAUCCCCAACACCACAGAAAACCAACAUGGGGUUCAUAGCUGUAGUCCCAGAGCUUUGAAAGUGGAAGCAGAAGGGACAGCAGCUCACAGUUACCAUCAGCCACAUGAGAUCCUGUCUCAGAAACAAAGUAGACAAUAUCAGCUAAUGACAUGUUCUCGGGAAACCCAAACAAGGAAGAACCAUCAUUUCUUGAAUUUCCCUAUGUCAGAACAAAUAGGACAUUAGUAUUUAGACUAGUCCAGAUUAGUUUUCUAUGGAAAUCUAGUGUGUGGAUUGUUUUCCUUCUCUCAUGGCCUAAGGAGUAAAUACUGACAAGGAAUGAUUUGAAUGUAAUUUUUGUGAAUGUGUAGAAAAUAUUAAACAGGGAUUCAUCCUUAAUGAAGGUAAUUACGUUGGCAUUCGUUGUUGAUCUCCCUUUGUACUGUCUUGUUUCUCUACUUGUUAUCUUGAGAUGUCUUACUGCACAUUGUAUUGUAAAAAUAAAAAGCAAAACUAUUUCAAA